GGAAGAUCAUUCGCGUGCAGCCAACUGUUGCUGCUGUGUUGCGUUGGAAAAAACACACCUACCCCAGAUACGGAGACCCGUUAGUGUCCAGUUUUUUAGAGUCCACUUGAUCCAAUUAAUAUUUCCAUCAAAUUCACAAUGAUGAACAGCCUGAAGAAACUGCCCAUGCGCAUGCUGGCUAACGCCGCAGCACGUCAGCCAAGUGCUGCCAUGUCCUCGGCUAAUGGUUUGCCCCCACCUCUGACCUUCCUCACCGAGGAUGAGAAGAUGAUGAAGGAGACUGUUGCUAAGUUGGCCCAGGAUCAAAUCCUGCCUCUGGUCAAAAAAAUGGACCACGAGCACAAAUUCGAUCCCUCGGUAGUCAAGGCCGUCUUCGACAAUGGUCUGAUGGGCAUUGAAAUCGACACGGAGCUUGGCGGCAGCGGCUGCAACUUCAUGACUAACAUUAUCGUUGUCGAGGAACUUUCGAAGAUCGAUCCCGCCGUAGCAGCCUUCGUGGACAUCCACAACACCCUAGUCAACUCGCUGAUGAUUAAGUUUGGCAAUGCCGAACAGAAGGCGAAAUAUCUGCCGAAAUUGGCACAGGAAUAUGCUGGCAGCUUUGCCCUCACCGAGCCCGGAGCAGGCUCCGACGCCUUCUCUUUAAAAACUGUUGCCAAGAAGGAUGGCUCUCACUAUGUGAUCAACGGCACCAAGAUGUGGAUAUCCAACUCAGAUGUGGCUGGAGUCUUCUUGGUCUUUGCCAAUGCCAAGCCAGAGGAUGGCUAUCGAGGCAUUACUACCUUCAUUGUGGAUCGCGAGACGCCGGGACUGAUCGUGAACAAACCCGAGGAUAAGCUGGGCAUCCGUGCCUCAGGAACCUGCAUGCUCACCUUCGACAAUGUGCGCGUACCCGAGGAGAACAUCCUGGGUACCUUUGGUCAUGGUUAUAAGUAUGCUGCCGGCUUCCUGAACGAGGGUCGCAUCGGCAUUGGCGCUCAGAUGGUGGGCCUGGCGCAGGGCACCUUCGAUGCCACCAUUCCGUAUCUGCUCGAGCGCAAGCAGUUCGGCGAAUCCAUCUACAACUUCCAGUCCAUGCAGCACCAGAUCGCCACCAUUGCCACUGAGAUCGAAGCGGCUCGCCUGAUGACCUAUAAUGCGGCUCGCCUGCAGGAGCAGGGUGUGCCCUUCCUCAAGGAGGCGGCCAUGGCAAAGUUCUAUGCUUCGGAGGUCGCCCAGCGUGCGGCCAUCAAGUGCAUUGACUGGAUGGGCGGUGUGGGCUUCACCCGCGACUUCCCCCAGGAGAAAUUCUACCGCGAUGUGAAGAUCGGCGCCAUCUACGAGGGCACCUCCAACAUGCAGCUGAGCACCAUUGCCAAGUGCGUCAAAAAGGAGUAUUCGGGCUAAGAUAAAUUGUCGCCCCCAUACACAAGAUGAGAUAUCGUACGUCAGAUACUUCAAGUGCAUUUACAUAUGUGAAGGAACUGCUGGAACCCUCAUCGGUUAUAGGUUCUUUCCAUGUUACCAUAGCAUUUACUACAUAGUUUUCCUGUUAUAUUGUAUCAAAUACAACUAAAUAUA